AUGGAGAGCUCGCGUAGACCGUUUACCAGAUCGACUGAACCAGUGAAGAAGCCCCGAUUGGCCGACGACCGGGGCCUGAACCCGAACCCGAACCCAAAUGGUCGAGCUUUCGCGCAAAGACCCGGUGGAGCUAACCCAGUGCUGUCAAGGUUCAGAGUGAGCGAUAGAGACUCGGAGAGCAAUGACGCGAGUCGCGGCGGGGGCUAUGUGCCGCAGCCACUGCAGCAUCAGGAGCUUGUGAGCCAGUACAAGACGGCGUUGGCGGAGCUCACCUUCAAUUCAAAGCCCAUAAUCACUAAUUUGACGAUAAUUGCUGGGGAGAGCGUCCAUGCGGCGAAGGCGAUCGCGGCCACUGUAUGCGGCAACAUUAUUGAGGUUUCUAGUGAGCAGAAGUUACCAUCACUUUAUCUUUUGGACAGUAUUGUAAAGAAUAUUGGAAGGGAUUACAUAAAAUAUUUUGCUGCCAGACUCCCUGAGGUGUUUUGCAAGGCAUAUAGGCAGGUUGAACCUAAUGUACAUCAAAGCAUGCGCCAUCUUUUUGGAACAUGGAAGGGAGUAUUUCCUGCUCAGACACUUCAGAUGAUCGAGAAAGAACUUGGGUUUGCUUCAACAGCAAAUGGUUCAUCCUCUGGAGCUGCAACAUCAAGACUAGAUUCCCAGUCGCAACGACCGGCACAUAGCAUUCAUGUGAAUCCCAAAUAUUUGGAAAGGCAACGUCUUCAGCAACCAACAAGGGCAAAAGGAAUGGCCAGUGACUUUUCUGGGGCUAUGGCAAACUCAAUUGAUGAUGCAGAGAGGCCAGACAGAGUAGCAAGUCUCAGUGCUGGACGACCGUGGGUUGAUCCUACUGUUAAAAUGCAUAAUAUGCAGCGUUCUAAUACAGAUGCACAAAGUGAGCGUGUUCAUGAGAAGAACAUCGGCGCUGAAUAUGGAGAAUAUGAAUAUGGUUCUGAUCUUCCAAGGAGUUCAAACUUAGGAAUUGGAAGAAUUGGUGGGAAGAUUACCGAGCAAGGAAAUGAUAAACCUUGGUAUGGUGGUGGCAGCAGUGUUGCAGAAACAAUAUCCAGUCAAAGAAAUGGUUUUAACAUCAAGCAUGGACUUACAAAUUACUCAGCACCUAAAUCUGCAAAUGCUGAUCCUCGCCUGAAGACAGCACCGGCCAUUGCAAGUCGAAGCAGCGGUGUGCUGUCUACUAGCUGGAAGAAUUCCGAGGAAGAGGAGUUCAAAUGGGAUGACAUGAACUCGAGGUUAACAGAUCAUGGUCCCCCCGAUAUUUCUAGUAACUCAAGAAAAGAUCGCUGGACUUCUGAUGAUUCAGAAAAAUUGGGGUUUGGAGGCCACUUUCGUAAACCAAAAGGUGAAAAUGACUUUGCAACAACAGUUGAUCUGGAUAUGUCUGCUGAUCCUACUGAACAUAAUGACCUAUCUGCUCUUGGGCACCGGAUGUCAUCACCUUGGCCGUUACCGGACUCUCACGGUGUGGAUGGGCUGACCCCUACUGGCACUCCUGUGAUUAGUUCAGUUCAUUCAGAGCGUUAUGCUUCAAGUUUAAGUGGGCUAUCAACAAGUGGAGAUUCUUCUGUAGCUAGGCUGGGAAGUCGAGCACAGGUAGCGUCUUCUCGUAUUGGAGCCUCAAGUCUCGGGUUUGGUGCAACAUCAGGGCCUGCUGUAGCUGUGGGGAAACAGAAGCAGCUUCAGUCUGUGAGAGCUGCAUCACCAUCUGGACAGGCACUGGUGCACCAGCAUUCUCCCGCACCUACAUCAACAGUACAUCAUCCUCAUCAUCAUUUGCAAAGUUUAGCUGAACAAGACUAUCUUGAAUCCCCGUCCCUUCCUCUUCUUGAUUUAAAAGUUUCUCAACUUUUGGGAAAGUCAGACUUAGGAUUGCAUAACCACUAUACUGAGGACUCUGCGCCUAUCCCAACUCCCAAUGUCCGGCUGGGUAGCAUAGCAAAAUCACGGCCACAAGAUUUGCAUUCUUCAUCUUCGUCAAUUAAGAAUCCCUCUUCGCCACAGUUGUCUACUUAUGUAAUUCCCUCAACGGCUGGCAUUUCUAUACCAGAUCAUUCAAAUCUCCUUGCUGCAGAAACUUCAGGACAAUCAAGCACAAGUAGUUUGUUGGCUGCUGUUAUGAAGACUGGAAUUCUUUCUGACAAAUCAAUUACUGGUAGCCUACCCAGUUUGAAUCUUCGGGACAUGGCACAAAUUCAAUCACAAUCAGGUGUUCAGCCCCCCUUGCCAAGUGGACCUCCCCCUACCCAGGUUGCACUCCCAGGGUCCAAGGUCGCAUCAGCACCUUCAUCAAGUCACCUUUCCCAUGAGAACUCACCAGCUUCCUCAGAUAAGAAGGUAGGACAUCCGACACUUCCACCUAGCCAACCCCUCUCUUCUCUUGAGGGUACUGCAUCAGCAAAUGCUUCAACUGUGGUGAAUAAUGCCUCAGAUCCAAUUUCAAACCUUCUAAGCUCUUUAGUUGCAAAGGGUUUGAUAUCUGCAUCAAAGUCGGAGUCACCCACUCCUGUGUCAUCCCAAAUGCCGAAUGAACUGCAAAACCAGAGCAUAUCUACACCUGUCACCAGUUCAGUGUCAGUAUCUCCAGUUUCAGCUUCUCCAAGUCUUCCUGUUUCAUCUCAAACUGAUGAUGUAUCUCUCGCCGAACCUGUUGCUAAAACCUCUUCUGCCUUACCUCAAUCCAGCAAGAUAGAAACAAGAAAUGCCAUUGGCAUCGAGUUUAAGCCAGAUAAAAUCCGAGAAUUCCAUCCAUCUGUGAUCGAGGAACUUUUUGAUGACCUUCCUCAUAAGUGCAGCAUAUGCGGCCUUAGGCUCAAACUUAAAGAAAGGCUUGAGAGACACUUGGAGUGGCAUGCUUUGAAAACUCCUGAAUCCAAUGGUUCAGUUAAGGCAUCAAGGAGGUGGUAUGCAGAUUCAACCAAUUGGGUUGCUGGAAAGGCAGGACCUCCUUUAGGACCUGAAGACAACAUGUCAAUAGAUAAGCCUAGUGAGACAAUGGACAAUGGUGAGCCCAUGGUUCCAGCCGACGAAAGUCAAUGUGUAUGUGUUAUAUGUGGUUAUAUUUUUGAAGAUCUUUACUGUCAAGAAAGGGAUGAAUGGAUGUUCAAAGGAGCUUCAUACUUGAGCAUUCCAUAUGGGGUUGGUGAUUUGGGAACUACAGAGGAGAGUGUUGUGAAAGGUCCCAUUGUUCAUGCAAAUUGUAUAGCAGAAAAUUCACUCUCUGAUUUGGGACUGGCCAGCCGCAUUAAAUUGGAAAAGGAUGUCUAG